UAUCCUCACAUCGAAUUAGCAAGCACUCCCCACGACAACACAACCAAUAACAAAUAUCGAUAUCAUGAACGGCGCAUCGUCCUUGCUAGCUCCCAUUGCUAAGAGAUUAGCAGGCAAGGUUGCUUUGAUAACCGGAGGUGCGAGUGGCAUUGGCGAGAGUACGGCAAGACUAUUCGCUAAACAUGGUGCUAAGGUCAUCAUUGCUGACGUCCAAGACGAGCUUGGUUUCUCAGUUUCCCAAGACAAAAGCAUCAAUGGUGCCAUUUCCUACGUCCACUGCGAUGUCACUAGCGAGUCUGAUGUCCAGAAUGCUGUCAAUACUGCGGUGUCGAAGCAUGGAAAACUCGACAUAAUGUUCAACAAUGCAGGCUGUACUGGCCAAAACAAAGCAUCCAUCUUAGACCACGAGGAGAAGGAUUACAAGAGUGUUUUUGACGUGAAUGUCUUGGGGUCAUUUCUGGGGGCAAAACACGCGGCCAAAGUAAUGAUUCCAGCGAAAAGGGGCACCAUUCUUUUCACCUCAAGCUGUGCAAGUCAGUCACAUGGAUUGGCCUCACACAGCUACACGGCGUCCAAGCAUGCCGUUGUGGGACUAACAAAGAAUUUAUGUGUUGAGUUGGGUCAGUACGGAAUUAGAGUCAAUUGCAUAUCACCAUAUGGUGCGGCCACCCCUAUAUUUCUAAAAGGGAUGGGAAUAGACAAGAAGGAAAAGGCGGAAGAGAUUUUAUCCUCCGCGGCAAAUUUGAAAGGGCCAGUUUUGGAAGCAGGAGAUUUGGCAGAGGCAGCGUUGUUCUUGGCAAGCGAGGAGUCUAAGUACGUGAGUGGGCUCAACCUAGUCGUGGAUGGGGGUUAUAGCGCAACCAAUGUAGCUUUUACACAGACCAUACAAAAGUUCUUCACCUAACAACAAAAACAUUAUGGUCAUCUUUUUUCCAAGCAUAUAUAUAUAUGUAUGCAUGUUUUAAGCGUACCUACGGGUCUCAAUCGUAAUGUUUGUAUGUUGUGAUCUAAAUAAUUUCCCAUGAAGUUAUAAUAAAUUCAUGGGGCCAUGAUGUUCAAUAAUUAAAAUUUAAUAGCAUAUUCCAUUUCUAA